ACGAAUGUGACAACGUUAGCGGGACAUUGAUAGCUUCUUUGGUUGGGAACAUUUUAGUGAGACGAGUCAAACUGGCGUCUUAUUUCAGCGGUAAAACGUAAAUGACGUUUGUACUUAUGCAGCUAGCACUCAAGUGCUCAGUCGAUGCUUCGAGAAGUCCCUGGUCUGUCUCCUCUGGUUCAAUGACGCCUGUCAUGUUGGGGCCUUCUAUCAGCUGAUGAUGUGCGUGUGAAGCAAGUGCUGCAUUGCGGCGCGCGCGCGCGCGCGUGUAUGUGUGAGGUGCAGGAGGACAGUGUUGAAGAAAGCGGACCAUGUCCACCAUGGUGUAUCCUGGAGAAGAAGCCCUGGAGCGCCUGAGCCAGGACGAGAUCGUCCUCAACACUAAGGCCGUCAUGCAGGGCUUGGAGGCACUGCGCGGCGAGCACGCUCAGCUGCUCAACUCACUGCUCGACUGUGCUCAGCCUCCUGCCUCGCAGGAGAAGUCAGGUCUGCUGCGGAAGAGCAUGGAGGCCAUCGAGCUGGGCCUGGGAGAAGCUCAAGUGAUUGUUGCUCUGUCGGGCCACCUGAGCGCCGUGGAGUCGGAGAAGCAGAAGCUGCGCGCUCAAGUGCGGCGCCUGUGUCAGGAGAACCAAUGGCUGCGUGACGAGCUGGCGGCGACACAGCAUAAGUUGCAGAGCAGUGAGCAGAGCGUGGCUCAGCUGGAGGAGGAGAAAAAACACCUGGAGUUCAUGAACCACAUCAAGAAGCUGGACGAUGACCCCUCACCCUGCGAGGAGAAGACAGGGGAGACAUCCAAGGAUAGCCUGGAUGACUUGUUCCCUAACGAGGACGAACAAGGCGCAGCUCAGCCCAGCGGCGAAGCGGCGGCGCAGCAGGGCGGCUAUGAAAUCCCGGCCCGCCUCAGGACGCUGCACAACCUGGUGAUCCAGUAUGCCUCGCAGGGCCGCUAUGAGGUGGCGGUGCCGCUGUGCAAGCAGGCCUUGGAGGACCUGGAGAAAACAUCGGGUCACGAUCACCCCGAUGUGGCCACAAUGCUCAACAUUCUGGCGCUAGUCUACAGGGACCAGAACAAGUACAAAGAAGCAGCGCACCUCCUGAAUGAUGCCCUCGCCAUCAGAGAGAAGACGCUAGGCAAAGACCACCCAGCCGUGGCAGCCACCCUCAACAACCUGGCGGUUCUGUAUGGCAAGAGGGGCAAGUACAAGGAGGCAGAGCCUCUGUGUAAGCGAGCACUGGAGAUCAGAGAGAAGGUGUUGGGGAAGUACCACCCGGACGUGGCCAAGCAGCUCAAUAACCUGGCGCUGCUGUGCCAGAACCAGGCCAAGUACGACGAGGUAGAGUACUACUACGGCCGCGCUCUGGAGAUCUACCAGUCCAAGCUGGGGGCUGACGACCCCAAUGUGGCCAAAACCAAAAACAACCUGGCUACUUGUUACCUCAAGCAAGGCAAGUUCAAAGACGCCGAGACCCUCUACAAGGAGAUCCUGACCCGAGCGCACGAGCGUGAAUUUGGCUCGGUUAACAACGACAACAAGCCCAUCUGGAUGCAUGCGGAGGAGCGAGAGGAGAGCAAGGGCAAGUGCAAGGAGGUGGGGCCUUACGUGGAGUACGGCAGCUGGUAUAAGGCGUGCAAGGUGGACAGCCCUACAGUCAACACCACCCUCAAGAGUCUGGGUGCCCUCUACCGCCGCCAAGGCAAACUGGAGGCGGCUCAAACACUGGAAGAGUGCGCCAGCAAGUCCCGCAAGCAGGGUUUUGAUGCCAUCAACCAGAGCAAGGUGGUGGAGCUCCUAAAGGACGGAGGAGAGCGCCGACAAAGCCGGGAAGGAGGCAAUGGCUCGAGGGGGCCCAGCGAGGCUGACGACUCUGCCGAGUGGAAUGGGGAUGGGAGUGGGUCGCUGCGCCGUAGCGGCUCCUUUGGGAAGAUCCGUGACGCUCUGAGGAGGAGCAGCGAGAUGCUGGUGAAGAAGCUUCAAGGCAGCGGACCGCAAGAAGCUCGCAACCCAGGGAUGAAGAGAGCGAGCUCGCUCAACUUCCUCAACAAGAGCGUCGAGGAGACCACGCAGGGCGCCAACUCGCCAACCCUGUCGGACUGUCGAGGGCUCAGCGCCAGCAAUGUGGACCUGACCAGACGCAGCUCCCUGAUUGGUUAGACGUAGCCUGGAGGCGGGGCUUAGACGGCCCAGUGUUUGAUGAGACACCACCACUAAAGCCCAAUGGUAGUUUUUGUUGUCAACAUGCCACAUCACUGCUGUACAUUCCCACUCGGCAUGUGUGCACUUGAACGCCUCACUAUGAUAACAUCCUGGGCUGUGUAUAUAGUCUGUAUAUAUGCACGUUGUCGUGCACGUAGCUGCUUCCUCACCCUGGAGGUGAUGUGACCGUAUCUCUGUCGCCAUGGUGACACAUCACCACAUUGCUCUUAUGAGUUGCUCGCUUCCUGUCGUGUGUCAAAAAUCAAACAGGGAGUGCUUCCCACAUGAUGGUGCUGCGAGGCUAGUAAGCAGGUCUCGUGUCAGCAGGUCAUUAAUUAGUCAUUAUCCACUUAGCUUGAACAAUGCUGACUUCCAAGGAUGUUGUCAACAUGUUUCAGUAAAUAAAUGUGCAGCCUAA